GGCUUGUUGAUCCUAGAUGUUGUAUUGAGUGUUGGUCAUUGAUCUCUGGGAAGCGUGAGCAGAAGUGGGGCUGUGAUGGGGCUGCUGACUGGGACUGGCCUGUGGCCUGUGGCCAUAUUCACAGUCAUCUUCAUAUUACUGGUGGACCUAAUGUACAGGCGCCAGCGCUGGAAUUCUCGUUAUCCACCAGGCCCUGUGCCAUGGCCUGUGCUGGGUAACCUGCUGCAGGUGGACCUAGAUAUCAUGCCAUAUAGCCUGUACAAGCUUAAAAACCGCUAUGGUGACGUGUUCAGCCUGCAGAUGGCCUGGAAGCCAGUGGUUGUGAUCAACGGGCUGAAGGCGAUGCAGGAAGUGCUGGUGACCUGUGGAGAGGACACUUCUGACCGCCCUGCAUUGCCCAUCUUUGAGUACCUGGGUUUGAGGCCCAGAUCCCAAGGUGUGGUCCUUGCACCAUACGGGCACGAGUGGCGAGAGCAGAGGCGAUUCUCUGUGUCCACUCUGCGCAACUUCGGCCUGGGAAAGAAAUCUCUGGAGGAGUGGGUGACCAAGGAGGCCGGACACCUCUGUGAUGCCUUCACCGCCCAGGCUGGGCAGUCCAUCAAUCCCAACACCAUGCUGAACAAAGCUGUGUGCAAUGUCAUUGCAUCUCUCAUUUUUGCCCGUCGUUUUGAAUAUGAAGACCCUUACCUCAUCAGGAUGCUGAAAGUACUGGAAGAAAGUUUGACAGAAGUCUUUGGCUUUAUUCCUGAGGUUCUUAACGCGUUCCCGAUUCUCCUGCACAUCCCAGGGCUGGCUGACAAGGUUUUCCAAGGUCAGAAGACCUUCAUGGCCAUACUGGAUAACCUGUUGACUGAGAACAGGACCACGUGGGACUCUGCCCAGCCACCCCGAAAUUUGACUGAUGCCUUCCUGGCAGAGAUAGAGAAGGCAAAGGGGAAUCCUGACAGCAGCUUCAAUGAUGAGAACUUACAGAAGGUUGUGGGUGACCUGUUUGCUGCAGGGAUGGUGACCACCUCAACCACACUGUCCUGGGCCCUACUGCUCAUGAUCCUGCAUCCACAUGUGCAGCGCAGAGUCCAACAGGAAAUCGAUGAGGUUAUAGGGCAGGUGAGGCAUCCUGAGAUGGCAGACCAGGCCCGCAUGCCCUACACCAAUGCUGUCAUCCAUGAGGUGCAGCGCUUUGCAGACAUUGCUCCAUUGAAUUUUCCACGCAUCACCAGUCGGGACAUUGAAGUGCAGGACUUCCUCAUCCCCAAGGGGACACUCCUCAUCCCCAAUCUGUCCUCUGUGCUGAAGGAUGAGACUGUCUGGGAGAAGCCCCUCCACUUCCAUCCUGAACACUUCCUGGAUGCCCAGGGCCACUUUGUGAAGCAGGAAGCCUUUAUGCCAUUCUCAGCAGGCCGCCGAGCAUGCCUGGGGGAGCCCCUGGCCCGCAUGGAGCUCUUCCUCUUCUUCACCUGCCUCCUGCAGCGCUUUAGCUUCUCAGUGCCCACUGGACAGCCCCGGCCCAGCGACCAUGGCACCUUUGCUGUUCCAGUUGCCCCAACCCCCUACAAGCUCUGUGCUGUGUUGAGAGAGCAAGGACAAUAAAUCCAGACCUGCUCUGCAGGGAAGGCUGAACCAUGCAAAAUAAACCAGUCUUGUGGCUGC